AUGUGAACCAUAACGAAACUACUAACAUUAUGCCUAACCUUAACUUCAAAUUAAGACCAAAAUCUAAUUUUAGUUUCAAUCAAUUUUUACGAUAGCCAAUGUUGACUUUGUGGCUAUGGUAACCGAUUCCACCGGUGGAUAGAUCCAAAAUGGACGCCGGAGUAAAAACUGCACUGAGCUUUAAAAACUUCAGGAAUAACAAAAGGGCAAAGAGGAUGCAAUCAAGAGUAGACACACCUUCUUCGUUAUAACCAGAAGAAUCGUAAAACGGUUGGAAGGCUAAAUGAUGAAUCUUCCGGAGGUGAAGUAGUGAGUGGAGUCUCUCUCCCGCCAACAGCCUAGCAUGGACAACUUCUUCAAGGCUGCUGUAUGUGACCUGGACAAGCUUCUGGAUGACUUUGAGCUCAAUACAGAUGAGCACAACUACAGAUCAGUCUCUCUGUCACCUCCCGCGUAUCCCGGCCACUCUCUGGGCCCCCAGGGUUUCCUUCCGGAAACCUCCACAGUUCCAGUUCCGCACUCUCUCCUUGACCUAAACUCCCUGCACUAUGGCACUGCCCCCAGCUGCCCCGACUGUCCCAGCCCCAGUCCUGGAGAUUGCGAGGCCAAGGGACAGCCUCUCAUGGGGGUUGACCUGCUCUCCUCUGUGGACGGCCGGGGGGCUGCUAAGAGCUGUGCGCCACCCUUCCCCAAGCGGGCCCUGAAGCCUGUGUGUGACCUGGUCAGUGACACAGGCUCAGCCCACCUCCUCCUCCGGGCCAACAGCCACGACGCCUUCAGUGAGCUGGAUGUGGUGGAGAGACGGUUGGAGGAGGAGCUUCUGGUGGACUUCACCUGCCCCUUGGUGGCACUGCCUGAGGACUCCUCAGCAGGUCUUUGUCCCGGCCUUGGGAGGACUGAGGGGAGGGAGGCUGCCGGGGGAGGGGAGGGGCUGCUGGGGCUGGACUCUGGUGGUUACUCUGCCACUCUCAGUCUGCUGGAUGUGAUUCUCCCUGCUGCUGUGGAGAGGCCCCCCUCACUGAGGAACUCUGAGUCUGGAGAGACGGAGGAAGAGAGAGACAGAGAGGGAGAAGCGACAGAGGUGGCCUUCGUCAACCAACACCUGAAAAUCACACCAGCCCACCAGGACCAGGCUAGUGUCCCACCUGUUGCCAUAGACACCAAAAAAGAGGACACUCCCACGUGUGAUAUCGACACAGAGGCCAGGGAGGAGGGUGAGGGGUCUUUGGAGCCCUCUGAGCUGACUGAAGCAGAGAGCUCUGGGAGCUGCACUGGACAGGAACCUAACCCUGAGGACGGCAGUGGUGGUGUGGCCGAGAGCCCAUCAGCAGAGACAGAGCUUUCGCUGUCCUGCCUGCCCAUGGGCGUGUCCAUGUGUGGGGCCCUGGUGGCCUCCAAGAACCCUGAGGAAGCCAUGGGGGGGGAGGGAGGGGAGGCUGGCCUAACUGAGACCUUAGAGGCAGAGUCCCUGUCUGCUUUCGAAGUCCAGGAGGAAGUUACUCUCCCAGAGAACCCUGAGACUGUGGGGGACUGUACCAACCCUGAUGAUGCCCCUGAAAACAAACCUGUCCAGUCACCUAGCACACAGAGCCCAGAGACAACCACCAUGCCUUUCCACCUGGCAGCCUCGGCUCCCACCGUCUCCCAGCGGCCACUGAAGGUCAGCUUCUCCCUAGUGGAACAGCAGCCAGUCACAGGGGCUCCACAGCGCCCAGCCUCCCCUACCUCAGAGCCCAGCCCCAACCCAAUGGACCCACCUGCGUUUGGGUUUGAGUACCUGCCGGAGAGCGACCAGGCCGGGCUGCUUGUGACAGAUGAGGAGCUGGACGCCUUCCUCCGGGGGGAGACCCAGGGCCAGGAGGACAAUGGGGUCCCUGACUGCGGGAGGCCCAGGGAGAACCUCCAGGAUGAGGGCUUCUCCGAGCUCAACGGGAACCUGGAGGAGCGGCUAGUGGAGGAGGAGCUGCGGAGCUGCAGCCGGAGCCUAGGGGAAGGGCUGGAGAGGCUGGCCUCCCGGGAGAGUGACAGGACCUUGUCUGCAGAGGGGAACGUGAGUCGAGCUCUCUCCGCUCCCUCCCAGGACCCCCCCAGCCACAAAGACUCCAGCCCCUGUAGUCCCAGUAACCUCCCACCACCCUACUAUGGAGGGGCCCGACCCAAACAGCUGCACUGUCAAGCACCCAGAGCACCUCCAGCAGCGGGGGAGAACCAAGGGCCCAGUAGCCCCACAGAACGCACCGACACUGGGGAAGAGGUGGACCAAAGCCCCUCUCCUCCCAGCCCCAACCCUGCCGAGGACCCCUCUAACCAAGGUGUACCCUGUCCAAGUUACUCCCCGCCUGAGCUCUAUGUGAGCAGUGCGGGGUACGACGAACUGUCUGAGCCCCCACCCUACCCUGGCAAACCUGCUGGAGAGGGGAGCGGGUCCUCAGAGGGGAGGGAGGCGGAGGAUGAAGAUGGGCUGGGGUGCAAGCAGCCCCCCUGGGUGCCGGAUUCGGAGGCACCCAACUGUAUGAACUGCUGGCAGAAGUUCACCUUCACCAGGAGGAGGCACCACUGCCGGGCCUGUGGGAAGGUGUACUGUGCCAUCUGCUGCAACAGGAGAUGCAAGCUAAAGUACCUGGACAAGGAGGCCCGGGUGUGUGUCGUCUGCUUCGAGACCGUACACAGAAGUAAGACCCAAGCACAGGCGCUGGAGCGUAUGAGGAGUCCGCCAGGUCCGAGCCCCAACCCCAACGUCCCGUCAGAGUACUGCAGCACCAUCCCCCCCCUGCAGCAGGCCCGGGCUGCAGGCACCCUCAACUCCCCUCCGCCCACCGUCAUGGUGCCUGUCUCCGUGCUCAAAAACCCUGGCAGCGACGGUUGUCCUCGUGAGCAGAAGCGUGUGUGGUUUGCAGAUGGCAUCCUGCCCAAUGGAGAGGUGGCCAACACCACCAGGCUCUCUGUGACUGGCAGGAGGGGCUCCCAGGAGUCCAGCCCUGUCACACCUGACCCACCUACGGCUGGCAGCAGAGUGUCCCCUGGCUCUGCAGCGGUGUCGGAGGGUGGUGUGUCGGCCUCAGUCGAGGUGGUGCGCCCCCCAGUGUCAGGACCCUGGGACUACAGCCUGCUGUGUGGGGUGGGGGGCUGUGUAGAGAGGAGCCCCAGUCUGCUGCCAGAGGAUGAGGAGGGCUUGCCACCUCUACUCAUCACCACCGGAGAGGAGGAAGGAGGAGGGGAUCUAUUGGUGGAGGAGCGCCCCGCCCCCUGCCAGAUCCUUCUCCUAUUGGAGGAGGGAGGGCCGCGACCUUUGACCUUUGUCCUCAACGCAAACCUGCUGGUCAACAUCAAACUGGUCACCUACUGCUGUAGGAAGUGCUGGUGUCUGGGCUCCAGUGGUCUACAGACUGUGGGACAGAGGGAGGUGGUGUUCAUCCUGGAGGUUCUGCCAGAGGAGAGGGCUCUGCCCAAAGACCUGUUCACACUCUACCUCUCCAUCUACCAGGACGCACAGAGAGGGAAGUAUGUAGAGGAGCUGGGCAACGUGGCAUUCACAGGUAGUUUCCUGGGGAGUAAGGAGCACGGCGGCGUGCUGUUUUACUCCCCUACCUUCCAGCCCCUGGAGGGCCUCUGUCUGCCCCCACAGCCCUUCCUCUGUGGUCUGCUCAUCCAGAGGCUGGAGGUGCCCUGGGCCAAGGUGUUCCCCCUCAGACUGCUGCUACGGCUGGGAGCAGAACACAGUGUGUACCCCAGCACUCUGGUCAGCGUCCGCUUCAGAGAAACUGUGUUCAGAGAGACAGGACACACCAUCAUGAACCUGUUGGCUGACCUGAGGAACUACCAGUACAGUCUGCCUGCUGUGGAGGGUCUGAGGAUCCACAUGGAGAUGGGCCACAGCUACAUCGACAUUCCCAAGAGCAGCUUCCCUGAGAUGUUGAAGGUUGUGAAUGCGUCUAACGAGCAUGUGAUCAGUGUGGGUGCCGGGUUCAGCUCAGAGGCUGACUCCCACCUGGUCUGUUUCCAGAACAACGAGGGCACCUAUCAGACCCAGGCCAACAGCCAGCCUGGCAAGACACGCACAGUGACGGGGGCCAGCUUCGUGGUGUUCAACGGGGCCCUGAAGGCCUCGUCAGGCUUCAUCGCCAAGUCGAGCAUCGUGGAGGACGGCUUGAUGGUUCAGAUCCCCCCAGAGACCAUGGAGGCCCUGCGUGCCGCCCUGAGGGGGCAGACUGACUUCCACAUCCCCUGUGGCAAGGCUGACGGAGGGGAGCUCCGGGACAAUGUCACCGUCCGCUGGAUUGACUGGAGUUCCCCCGUCAACGCUGGUGUGACCAGUGGUGUAGACAGGAAACCUCUGGAGGGGGUCCACAGUGUGAGGAUGCAGCAGGACACAGAAUUUGAGUCGGACGGACGCACCAUAAGGUGUACUGAGGUGUUCUACUGGCUGAAGAGUCCAGACAUGUCCCUGUCUGCGGUGCUGCCGUCCUGUAGUGUGUUCCACAGGGAGAUGGCUGUGGCCAGCUGUAGUGCUCUGACCCCUCACCUCUCUGUCCUCUCAGCCAGCGGCAUCAACUCCCUCGCCCUCAGAGUCUCUACACACACUGACAUGGUGGAGUACCAGGCCGGUUCAGGAGGCAGGCUCCUACCCCAGCGCUAUAUGAACGAGCUAGACAGCGCUCUGAUCCCCGUCAUCCACGGAGGUUCAGCAAGAGUGCCACAGACAGCCAUGGACAUGGAGUUUAUCUUCUACAUCACACACACUGUCUAACACACACAGUCUCGCACAUGGAAACACAAAAACUGUUAAACACUGUACGUGCCAUUACACACACACACACACACACACACACACACACACACACAGCCUGGAUGUCUUUUCUCAAAGUAAAAGGCUGGAGCUCAGAGGACCUUGGACAAACUGACAGAACCUGAGAACACAAACAGCCAAUCAGGCGUGGCUAAUAACUGAACUGAAGUCACACGCCGCCAAUGGCAGGACAUUCCCACAGAGUCUCUCUCUGAAGGCCUUAGAGAAUAGAGAUGUAGGUCUUUGUUCCAGGAUGGACAGUGGAGAAACUGGAACAGUGAAAUGGCUUUAAGUCUGAGAAACAUUAUGAAUGCUGCUUUAACCCACGAGGCCAAACACUUAGCACAAAUAACAACAACAAUCCCAAAAAGAAUGAACUCUCCUGAAACAGACUUUUCUCAUCUCUUCCUGCUCUGCCUUGACUUCUUACUGGCAUCUGUCUGUCAGCCAGCCAAGGAACACCUUGUUGAAUGUUUCCAACCGACACUGUCAACAAACUGCUUUCUUUUCUCUACUCUUCUUUUCAUAUAUUUACUGUAUAUUUAGAAUGACCACAUGGUAAAACAGUGACGAAUUAUAUUGAAGUUACUUGAUUGACAGCUGUAUGCCAAGCUUGAGAAGAGCAGCAUGACAUGAGACACUGAUGUGCUUUGUAGAAGUUUCUAGAUAAACUGUUAUUUGAGGAUGUGAGCGCCAUUUUCGAAUGAGUAAAUUCUAGAAUGGCGUUUUGAACUUCUUCUCUCUUCAUCGGCAGAGUGCAGAGUCUUGUUUAGCAGUGGUCUCUCCAGUGUUAUAUGUGGGGAUUUCUCGGACAUCCCUCACUGUCUAGUCCAAAUCUAUAGAAAUUAUAUCAAGCUUUUUUAAGCUUAAAGUACUAUUUUUUUUGGAACCGUUACGUAAAUGGAAUUGAUGUUCGUAUUUUUGAUAGGACGUUAGCUAGCUGAGUCACUUUCGCAGGUGUCGUGCAAAUGAGGCCUGAGGAGCACAGAGAAAAACGAUGGACAAGAGUUUCCCCUGAUGAGGAACACUGUAAAGGUCUUAAAAGUUCCCUUCACAUUUUGUCUGUUAUUAGCUGCCCUAGAAAGCCUUGAACCAGCCAGACACAUUAUUCAACAAUAUCACCGAUACUGACUGAUGUUAUUGACAUGGUCCAAUCUUACUGAUGAAGGUUAGUGUUAAUGUAACAUUGAUCUAUAUAAAUUCCUAUUGAUGCA